AUGAAAUGCCUGAACAACUUAUGGAAGUUUUCAGAAGAGACAUCUAUUGAUACAGAUGUUUCUGAUGCCACCAGUACUGUGACCCCAAAAUCAAGCAUACUGGACACAAGUGUCAUAGCAGAUACUACAUUUGAAAAUGAUUCGGAUGAAGUUGAUAAAGUGGAAACAAAAAUAGAUGAUUGUAAGUCUGGCCUGACUGAAAAUAGGGAGUGUGGGAAGACUGAUAAAACUCCUAAAGUAACGAUUAAACCAAUUAGAAAACCUGUAGAUGAAGAAUCCAAUAUACCAAAAUUAACUAUUAAACCCGUAGUUGAUACAGAGAAGCAGAAGGAGGAAGGCAAACCACCACUUAUUGACAAAGUUGAAACAGUACCAAAGCUUACAAUAAAACCAAUAGUAAAACCUGAAGCAGAGAUUGUACCUAAAUUAACUCUUAAAAUACCUAUAGAUAAUAAAGAUCCUUCAUCAGAAUCAGACUCUGAUGAAGUGAAAUCUUCUAAAAAUAUUGUUCCAAAGCUAACUUUGAAGCUGCCUGUUGAAGUAAGCACAAAGAAGUUACUUCUGAGUCUGAAACUGAUGAAUCUACUUUCUUCUACAGAUGAUGUGGUUCAACAAAAGGUACCUAAGUUAACUUUGAGAUUAAAUCCAGAAGAUCAAUCAAUUGCGGAUUCUAUCUACCGGCCAACUAAUUGCAAAGAGGAGAAUUCCUCAAACGAAGGCGAAAUCAAUGAAAGAACGCAUUUGUUAGUUGACCCAGUUAGCAAUAAUACUACGAUACAGAGAGUAAACAGCGAUGACUUUUUAAACCGUUAUCCUAAUUCAGUUCCGAAAAAAACUGAUGAACAAUCAGCACUCAAUAGGAUUUUACAAGAAACUGCGACAAAUGUUAUAGAUGUUGCGGCGAUGGACUCUCAUACAUUAGAACAGCACGAUUAUAUGGACAGAAUAAGACUUUACAAUCAAAGAAUGAUGCAGGCUUGGAAUAAUAUUCAAAUAUCACCUGUAGGACCUCAUUGUUUGUUGAUUGACAUUAGUGCUCCUGAAAAAGUCCUUGGAACCAAUCCAAUUUCAGCUGCAGAUCAACAGCUUAUUAAUGAUGCAAUAAGUAUUGCACAAACGUUCAUAAUGGAAUUUACAGAGUCAAGUGAUAAAACCGAAACCGAUUCUCAAAAUAAAGCUUCUCUUGGAACUAGGUUAAAAUUAGUAGAAUAUGAUGAAUCUGAUUCAUCAAAUGAUUCUUCAAGUAAUAAAUCUAAAAAUACAGCUAUUUCACAUGAUAAGUUACCUGAAAAUCUGGAAUCAAAAGAAAUAGUUCAUAGCUCAGAUAGUGAAAAAUCAGGUGAUGGUUUCAAUACUUCUAAAGCCUUAUCUGCUGAUGAUAUUAAUUUAAUUAUUAUGGGUGGUUCAGCUCUACCCGAUACUAUAAAUGAUGAUUUACUGAAAGAUCCUCAAUCUAGCACAGAUGAAGGUAAUAAAAUUAUUGAAGACAGUGGCAACGGACAAGAUAUCAAACAAGAAACAACAAUCAAUGAUUCAGAUAAUAAAAAUUUAAAUGUUGUCGAAUCUGAAACUCACAUUAAUACUGAACCUGAAACUAUUUCUGGAACUGAUGUUGGUAAUGUAGAUGAUAUUGUAACUGAAUUAAUACAAGUAACAGAAGUUGAUAUGAACAAGCUUCCGUUGGAUGAUGAUAUGCCUGAAUCUUGUCAAGAAAGUGGACUACUGGAAAUUAAAGCUGGUACUAGUCAAACGGUGGAUACCGAUGAUGAUAUGGAGUUUUAUGAUUGUGAAACUCCUGUUCCAAGUAAAGAUUUAGAAGUUGUUGAAGAAACACCAGAAAUUGAAGAAUCUACAGUGACAAUUAUAGACUCUAUAAAUGAUGCAGAAAUAACAGAAGCUCCAGAAAUAGAUGAAUCUUUACCAGAAGCAAUAGAAACUGUUGUUCUAAGUAAAGAUUUAGAAAUUGUUGAAGAAACAUUAGAAAUUGAAGAAUCUUCAGUGACAAUUACAGAUUUUAUGAUUGAUGCAGAAAUGACAGAGACUCCAGAAAUAGAUGAAUCUUCACCAGCUAUUGAAACAAUAGAAACUGAGCAGGUUACAGAUAUUAAAGAUGAUUCAGUAUCUAUUCUGGCAAAUGAAGAAUCCAAAAGUUUGCCUGCAGAUGAGGAAAUAACUUUAAAAAUGGUUUCGAAAACUGAAGAAAUGGCUAUAGAAACGAACAAACAAUUAAUUGAUGAUAUUGAAUGUGAACAAACUGUGAACAAUCCAGAAAGUAUAGAGAAUGUGGUAAGUGAGGCAACAGAUAUACUCGAGGUUGAAUCAUUAGUGAAACAGGCAGAAGUGCAUGAACCUGUUAAUACUGAUCUAAUUGAAAAUGUAGAAGUAGAAGAAACUGUUGUAGAAUCAGAAAAUUUUAAAUUAAAUGAUGAUAUGAUUUCAAAUACCACAGAAAUUGAUCAUGCUCAAGCUGCUACAAGCAUUGCAAACAAUGUAAACGUUUUGGAAGUUGCAGAAACUAUAGAUUUAGAUACAUUAUUGGUAAAAGACUUAGAAAUAGAAUUGGAAGAAACAGUAAAAGUAGAAGAAAUGUUGAAAGAGGUAGAAUUAACAGAAGUACCUGUAAAAGAUAUUGAAGUAUCUGAUAAUAAUGAGGAAGAAAGUGAAAAAUCAAUCAGUAUUGAAAAAUUAUCUGAAGAUAUAUUGACAAGUGACCAAAUUACUACUGGACUGGAAGAAGAUACAGAAAAUGCUGAACUAAUAAAACCUGCAGAAACUGUAGAUAUACUAAUGGAAACUGAGGUAGUAGAAAGUAUGGAAACUGUUGAGACUACUGACGAAACCAAAGACGCCCUAGCAGUUGAUGAUGUGAAAGAAAAAACCAUAAUAGAAAGCAGCCUUGAUGUUCCUGUGUCUGAAGACUCUGAAGAUAAAUCUAAUAAAUUGGACACCGAUAUUCAAGAAGCUAUCACAAAUGAAAUGCCUGAACAACUUAUGGAAGUUUCAGAAGAGACAUCUAUUGAUACAGAUGUAUCUGAUGCCACGAGUACUGUGACACCAAGUACAAUAAAAUCAAAUAAAUCUAAUAAACCCGUUUUAAUCAAAUGUUCUAAUUUGUUAGAUGAAAGUUUACAAUCAGAAUCAAGCAUACUGGACACAAGUGUCAUAGCAGAUACUACAAUUGAAAAUGAUUCGGAUGAAUUUGAUAAAGUGGAAACAAAAAUAGAUGAUCGUAAGGUAGAACCUUUAAAACUAAAUCUAUCACAAAAACCUAAUUUAAAACGCCCUGCUGAAAGUGAUUCACUUUCUAUGAUCACAAAAAUUCAAAAACUUGCUGAGUCUGGCCUGACUGAAAAUAGGGAGUGUGUGAAGACUGAUAAAACUCCUAAAGUAACGAUUAAACCAAUUAGAAAACCUGUAGAUGAAGAAUCCAAUAUACCAAAAUUAACUAUUAAACCCGUAGUUGAUACAGAGAAGCAGAAGGAGGAAGGCAUACCACCACUUAUUGACAAAGUUGAAACAGUACCAAAGCUUACAAUAAAACCAAUAGUAAAACCUGAAGCAGAGAUUGUACCUAAAUUAACUCUUAAAAUACCUAUAGAUAAUAAAGAACCUUCAUCAGAAUCAGACUCUGAUGAAGUGAAAUCUUCUAAAAAUAUUGUUCCAAAGCUAACUUUGAAGCUACCUGUUGAAGUAAGCAGCAAAGAAGUUACUUCUGAGUCUGAAACUGAUGAAUGUAAAAUGUCUGAUGAAGCACACACUGUUCCUAAGUUAAUGCUUAAAAUUCAGCAUAAGCCUGAAGAAACUAUAGCUGAUCAAGUGUCUUCUACUCAAACGAUACCUAAAUUGACAAUAAGAACCAGUGAAAAAUCUGCUGAAGUAAUAUCAAAACUUAUUGUUAAUGUAAAUCAACAGGCUACUUCUUCUACAGAUGAUGUGGUUCAACAAAAGGUACCUAAGUUAACUUUGAGAUUAAAUCCAGAAGAUCAAUCAAUUGCGGAUUCUACCGGCCAACUAAGUAAAGAAACUUCUGAAUCAGAGUAUGAAGAUGAGCUUGUACAACACACUGUACCUCCUUUGACUAUAAAACUAUUGUCUGAUAAAGAACAGGACAAACUUAUUGAAAAGGAAUCCAUUCAUCAAACAGUUCCUAAAUUAAUGAUUAAAUUACCUGCUGAUAAGGAACAAUUAUCAGUAAAAAAUAGUGAUGUGCAGCAAACUGUUCCAAAAAUAACAAUAAAAUUGCCUUCUGAAAAAGAUGCAGAUGAUAAUAAAGAUGUAUCAAUAAAGACCUUUGAAAAAACGACUGAAGAAAAAACGACUCAUCUGAUUGUCCCAAAAUUAACUAUUAAAAAGUCAUCUGAAAAAGAUCAAGAUGACCAAGAUAAACCAAUUGAAAAGCAUGUUGUUCCAAAAUUAACAAUAAAAUCAGUUCCUAAACCAGAAAUAGAAACGGUUCCCAAAUUGACUGUAAAACUAUCUAGUACUGGUGAGCAUCAUAUUGAGAAUACUCAUAACAAUGAGGCAGUUCGAUCAACAGCGAAGAUAGGUGCUUUCGACUCUGUGCAUCUUACUCCUAAAGUCACAAUAAAACCUGUUGUUAAGUCUGAACAAGAAGUGCAUCCAAAGGUGACAAUAUCUCCUAUAAAAAGUGAAACAAAACCGACUUCUCGGGUUUUAAUAAAACCAUUGCCUGAGAAAGAAGUUCCCAAACUCACAUUAAAACUUUCUUCUGAUGUUUCACUGGAUAUUAAAACUGAUGCACAUCAUUCAAAAGACAUGCCUAAGUUUAAUAUUAAACCAAUACCAUCAGUACAAACUGAAGCAGAUCCAACAAAGCCUUUGGAAAUUGUGACUACUGAUAAGGUAAUGGAAAGCGGACAAGAAUCACCUCGAAUAAUAUUGAAAAUUAAUAAAUCUGUGCAAGGUAACUCGACUUCAGAAAUUUUAUCACCUUCUACAGACUCUCAGUGCAAAAGUCCAAGUGUUGAUAAAAUAAAACUAAAGUUAUCCAAAACGGGGCAGCAUCCUCAUAUUGUUCACGGAGAACAGGAUGUUAACACUGCUUCUAUGAAACGUGCAUUAAUGAAUCCUGAUUUAGAUAUUAUUGAAGUGAAACGCCCUUGUGUGGAUUCUAUAUACUCUAGGUUGCCACCAGAUGUGUCAAUAUCACCAAUAAAACAACAGCAAGCAUCACCAACAGUAAAGCAAACUGAGAAGCAGAAAAGUGAGAAAAGACUUAGGGACAUUUUAUCUAAACUACACCAAAAAUCAACAGAACAACCAAGACAAGAUUCACCACUUCCGUUACAAAGGGUUUUAAUUGAUGAAGCACAUGACAACUCUAGCUCUUCUGGUGAUUGUAUUUUGAUAGAGGAUGAUCCUAUUGCAGAUACUGGAAAUAACCAAUAUCUUAAGUUUGGGAAAGAUAUUGAAUUAAUACGCAUGGGUGAAUCAAUGGCACAGAAUGUCGUGUCUCCUACUGUUACAACUCCUAACAGAGGAACCAUGCCAAGGAAACGAGGAAGACCAAGAAAAGAUGCUAACUUAAUUGCGCAAAAGAAAGAACAACUUGCUCAAGAAAUGCUACAAAACAGUCUCUUUCCAGCACAGCAUAUGCUUGAAGGUCUAAUGACUGGAUCUGGUGAAAGCCCAGUUAGAACAAGUCGUAGAAGUACCAGAGGACGAUCAUCAGUGGGUAAAGGAGGUAUGAUUUCUACCACACCAAGGGGGCGUGGCAGAGGCCGUGGCUCUAAACAGCAAGCUCUUCAGGUUUCAAUGGAACAGCAGAGGAUUCAACAAAUGCUGAAUAUCCAGGACCAAAUCAUUCAGCAGCAAGCUUCGGGUGAUAAUGCACAGGUUGCAUUGAAAAGUCCAGAAUCAUGGCAAUCUCAAAAUCAACAAAGUGGAAAUCUAGAAUCAUUUCAAGAUAAGAUUAAAUCUUUGACGAAACAACAUCAGGAAAUGGUGUCAAAUUCGGAUCCUCUUCAAAAUUUGCAAGCGAUGACCAGUAAUAUACCCAUUGAUUUGACUGGAGCUGAUGAUAGUUCAGAUGCUGUUAUACCCUCAACUCCUAACCAAGUGACGACUCCUCAAGAUUCUCAAAAAGAAAUGGUUGAAAAUAUGGAUACAAGUAUAUUAUCUCCAGAAGGAAUUUCUCCCUCAUCCAUUAUGAAGACUCCAGGUUCAACAAGAGCGCCAACUAGAGGUAGAAGGGGAAGAGGAUCCAGAGGAAGUCGAGGUUCUCCUAAAAAGAGAGGCAGCAGCUUGAAGGAAAAUCCACUUCCAAUGUUUGAAGAGGAUACAAGAAUGAGUGCUGAUCUUGGGAAUAAAAGUACUCCUGGAAUGCCUAUAAAAAGUGGAGUUGGUGAAGGAGCAGAUGAAUCUCAAAGUUCAAUGCACAGCUCAGCUAAUGAAAACUCAAAAUCCAAACGUGGAAGGAUGGAAGUCGGAGAUUCUGAAGGCAAGCUUGAGUUUACUGUUGAUAUGAUAGCCGAAUACCUAUGGCCCCAGCCCGAAGUGGCUUCGCCUACUAGUACUGCUACUGUUAACCAGAACAACAACACUAAUUCAGUUUCUAAUAAUACUUCUACUACAACUAAUGGUACCUCAAAUAGUUAUGAAGAAAAAUUGUUCCCUGAAAUGUAUAUGAUACAAGAACAAAUAGCCUUAUAUCUUGGUGUUACGAGUUUUAAAAGAAAAUAUCCUGAUGUGAGAAGAAGACAAGUUGAAAUGAGGGAAAGAGAUUAUAUUAUGAGUAGAAAUCUGGUUACUGAAACGUUGUGUGAUUUGGGUUUAACUGCCAUUCCUACAUGUGAAGUGCUUGAUAUUAUGUCUGCUGAUUUUCCUCAGAAAUAUGAUGAGUAUAAAAAAUAUUUACGAGAUAAACAAGCUAAAGAACUUGCUAUAAAACAACGAGCAAUGAACAAUGAUAGAAAUAAACAAAGAAGUAUAAAAGACCGCGCAAUCAGUUCUGCUUCAUCUUGGAACAGUAAAUUUAAUAAAGACCGAAUGGAGAAUCGUAAAGGUGGUUGCUUAGAUCUUCAAACAUAUGUUAUACAGAAAUCAAAAUCGGUUCGAAGAGUGCAAAGUCCAUCUAAAACAAAACCGGGUCAUUAUCCAGUUGCUUUAGUUCCUGGACAAUUUUGUGACUACUACAAGAAAUAUUCACCCAAUGAGCUUAGAUAUUUCCCAUUGGAUACUGUUUUGUAUGGUCCACAGAAGCCUAACCAACAAACACUUCCAAUUGUUGUUAACCAAGGUUCAGAUAGUUCAUCAUCCAGUUCCAGUUCUAGUGGUUCAGAUAGCGAUUCAAGUUCUGAUGAUUCAGAGGAUGAAGAUGGUCCUUCAAAUUCUGAUCGUUCAUGCCGAUUAUGUAAAGUUUCAAAACCAGGUCAAGAAUUUGUUCAAUGCACUGGCUGUAAAGCGCAUGUGCAUACUCUGUGCGCAGGAUUACGAUCGAGAGAAUCUAUUUUAUUAUCAAAAUCUUAUGCUUGGAGAUGUAUGGAGUGCAAACAGUGCUUGCAAUGUUCUAAACCAAUACAGGCAGCUGCCAAUGGAGAUAAUUCCCUAUCUAAUGGAUUGAAUUCAAAUCAAAAAUCUCCAAAUGUGUUGCGCUGCGAACGUUGUGAUCGAUGCGCCCAUGUCGCCUGCAUUGGCAAUGGUUCUAAUAGUUCAAGUUCUAAAUGGUCUUGCACUUUAUGCAGUACAUGUGACUCGUGCAAAUCACCUGAUUCUGGUAUAACAAAUAAUAGUACAAAUGCAACUUCAAUUAAGCAGUGGCGAAGGGUGGACACUCCGAGAGGUCCAAGGCAGUUGUGUCAGCCCUGUGCAGUAAUGUGGCAAGAGAAACGAUAUUGUUCAAUGUGCUAUCUAUGUGUUCUUGAUAAUCAGGCUUUCAUGACUUGCAAGAUUUGUACUCAUAAAAUGCAUACAGGUUGCAUUCGAACUCAAUUUCCCAAUAUGACAGGUAACGAAAUUGUUACAUGUUUGGAAUGUUCAAAAAAGCCACAAAAUUUCCCUAAGGUCGUCAGUAAUUCUAUAAAUUUGACUCACCACCAGCAACAAAUUGUUACAACUACAUGCUAAAAUUUGAUUUUGUUCAAUUAGCAUUGAUAUACUACACAAAAGUAAGUUUUAUAUUUAAA